AUACCCCCUUGGCCCAUUUUGAGGGAAGUUUAAUGCCCCCUUUCUGCACUUCAAAUCUGUCCUACAUGUGUUUCCAAUGCCCCCUUUCUGCACUCCGAUUUGUCCGAUCUGCUUCUCCGAUGCACGAGCGCUAGAAGAUCUGCAGAGUAUUUCUGUCUGUGGGCAUGUCUUCCAUGAUGAGUGCCUGCAGAAGUGGCUGGAUUACUGUCCUGCUAGUCGGAAGCCGGCUUGCCCGGUCUGUAAACAGAACUAUACUCGCAGUGAUGUCCACAAGCUUUACUUUCAGUCUGCUUCGGAGCAAUCGAACGCAAGAAGCCCAGGCCGGGACUCGUCAUCUCAGGAAGAUGACAAUGGCGAUGAGCUGCCCACUCGCUUCCCUGGCCGGGAAGCAAUGGCCAAUCAGCUGUCGGCGAUGCAAAAGAUUCUCCAGGAACACGGUGAUGAAAACAAACAGCUCAGGUUGAAGAUCAUUGAGUGCCAAAAGCGGGUGGAGUUGGCAGAGAAAGCACAGAAAGAGGCGGAGACUCAUGCCGCUGUUGCCAAGGAUGCCGCCUCUCGUUUGCUGCAGGAUCUUCGGCGGGCGAGGGAAUCAAACGGACAGCUGAAAGAGAAAUUGGAGAAGGUGGAGAAACAUGUCCGUGCUGCUAAAGUGAUUGACGAACCGCAGGUGAGCGAAGACCAGAUCGUCGAAAUGUACAAAUGCCGGAACAAGGAUGAGCUGAUCGACACAUUGCUCAAGGCCGUUGGAGCUCGCAGGAAGCAGUACACCGAAUUGCUGGCAAAGUGUGACCGUUUCGCCGCAGGACAGGCACGCGCAGAAGCGAAUCAAGCGAAGGCCGUCAAGGAAUUGUCAAGAGCGCAAGCGAAGUUAACGAAACUUGAGGCGGCAAAAGAGGCACAGGAGUUGGAGAGGCUUCGGAAACUGGCAAAGGGGAAGGGAAAAGUUGGCAGUGGAUCCUCUCAAGGAUUGCAGAAUACUGAUGACCGCCCAGCAAAGUCGAUACAGAAACACGGAGAGCAAGGGGGAUGGAUAUGCACACCAUCUUCGGCCACCCCUUCUCCUGCAUUUUCAUCUGCUGCCAAUGCUCCUCGUGCAUCUUCAUUGCCUGUCACUUCUUUCACAUCGUCGAUGGUUCAGGGGGACGCAGGGGGUGCUCCUGCAACAUGCAAUGCAACAUCCAGCAGUCGUGGCAAAGGUUCUGCAGACAGUGUGCUUGGAAAUGUGGAAGCUGUCACACGCUCCGUCGUCCAUGGAGCCAGUGCUCAGGAGCUUGGUGUUUCUCCUGCUGGUCCUUCACAAGGACCCCUGGAUAGGGUGCAGCGUGGGACCAUUGAGCAGAGUGCAGGGCAGAAUGAGGGAGAAGGAGGCGGCGUUUGCCCUUUGGCGAAUAAUGCUGCUCAGGGCAAGCUGUCGAACUCCAAAGGAGGCAAGCCAGCAGCCCUCCAUAGCACUGUUUCAACAGAGGCCAAUAUCGGAUAUGGCACGUUCAAAGAUGGUGCCAUAGCAGGCAGAGGAUCUAAGGAAGACGACCGCCUACCCUCCUUGGAGGAAGAGAAAGAACAUUGCGGCUCGGGCCUGCCUACGGUCAUCAGUUCUGGGGCAAUGGGGCCUCAGGUUCUUGCGCAUAUGGAACUUAAGGGCGGUACUUGCAGGCCUGGUGCUGCCGAGGCUCAGUCAACGGAUGAGGAUCAAGAUCGUGCCGUUGGUCGCCGGGCAGAUACAAGUCAGGGUAUCCCUGCCAGUUGUCAUGUGCCUGAUAGUGACUGUCUGUUCGGUGAACUUCUGAGUGUGAUGGAAGAAGAAAUGGCAAUGGCAGCAGGGUCGAGCAGGCUUGGCCAACCCGCCAUGACGCACACACUUGCAGACGAAGAGGAAGAGACACCUCUGCGGAGGGAUGGUAACCGUGGCCCAAGCAGACCCUCCUCCACAGCAACCUUUCGCCACGAAGUGGAGGCAGGGGAGCAGAACCACACAACUGUGGAACAGGACAACCGUACGGUCGAUCCGCUGGAAAUGCAGCCGCCUGACGGAGGACAUGCGAAACAGAGUGCCGAUGAAGCAGGAAACCGCUCAGCAGGAGGUUGUAACAAUGGAGGCGCUUUGUCCGACUUCGCUGUUGCGAGCUUGCACAUACGGCAGGAGGCAGGGUUAUCCCGGCGGGAAGCUGUGAGAGGUGGGAGUGUUGUCCUUGCAGGUGCCAGCGGGACAUCCACAGGGGCGUCUACAGGUGUUAGCGGGUCUGGCCCAUCGUUUUCGUCAACUGUGCGAGCAAGCACACUCAGGAAAAUCUACUCAGGUGACCCAGAUGCCCACGGUCAAGUACUGGUAGGUGGAAUUGGUGCGAUAUCGAGGAAGGGAGGGGUUACCAGUGUGCCGAUAUCCUUAUUAGCAAGGAAGGGUGGUGUUUCAGGUUCUGCCGCCCUCAGGAGGCCGCCUCUCGACAAACUUGGAGGUAUCUCUCUCGGGAAGAUUGGCACUCAUGUACCAGAUAUCGGACGGUCGUUGGGUGAGAGAGUGGCGAUGGAUGGCAAGCAGCCGCCUCUGCAGAGUACACGGGCCGGUGAGCUAGCGAGCAGGCCGAGCAUGGAAAACGAAAAGAAGGAUGGUGAUGAGAAUGCGACAAACAACACUGCCAUCUUGCCAGAUGUCUCCCGUGCAGCUGUUUCCAGAGAGUCUGCAUCAAUCAGCAACAGUUUUUUAACGCCAUCGCCAUCGAUCGGAGGAAUUGGUCAACUGAGCAACAAUGUUCAUAAGGCACCUGUGUGUCGGUUGCCGCCACCAAAGCGCUCAAAAUUAUCGUCUGCAGCAGGGCGGGGAGGACGAGGGGUGACCUUGCAGAUGGAGCACUUCUUCACCCGGACAUCUCAAUGUUAAGAUUGUUUUGAAUAUGUCAGCAAAGUACUAUUGUGUUGAAACUUUGGAACUAAUUUGAUCAUGUUUGUGUAUACAAAGAGCCUGUCACAGUUGUAAUUCUUUUACAUUUUUUCUUUAAUGGCCAAGUAUGAUCAGCAUUCUUUUCUGAUAGUUACGAAUCUUGGCGUUCGGCCAAAGUAGCCACAGAACUGCAACUGUUUUGGGGAAAAAAAGCUGAAAAAAAGGUUAAAAACCCUGCAAAACUGCAAGGCAAAAGUGCACUUCCAUCCAAAUUUCCGCAACAGUUAGAAAUUUCAGAAAUGUCAGCAGAGGAAUUUCCAAUGCUUUGAAAGCCAGACUCGAACCCCUGUUCAUCAUCAUGUAACAGUUGUGCUCAACCAUGUAUGAUAGUCUCAAAUGGUAACAAAGUAUGACAUGCCAG